UAACGACCUCGCGUUCUUCUGCUUCCGGUCCAGCCUGCACACCUCUAUACCAUCCCACCAACUCUUCCAAACAGCGACUUAACAAUAAAACCACCAUAGCUCUCUCUCCACACUACAAUUAAACCAGCAAGUACAAUAAUACUUCUGGGAGUAUCAGUUUUACUUCCAUCUUUCUUCCUCUCACUAAUUUCUCUGGUCCACACAAUUCCAGUCCCCUGUUUCUCGCCUCUGUUAUAUCCACUGCUUUCCCUUUCCUUGAAUUCGAGACAACGUUGCCUUCUCUGUUCACACUUUUUUUUCAACCCCUGUACUUUCAGCAUCUGAGGAUUCUUCACGAAAAGGAAAAACAGACAAAAGGUUGGGAAAUCCAUUGUUAUGCGCUCACCAACAUGCCUGAUCACGUCAAUGGAUAUUCCCAGAGUGUGACGCCCAGGAAAAGUUCCAUGAGCAGCAGCGACCGUACCAGCACCAGCCGCCUGUCUUUUGAGCUUCCCACCAGCUCGCCGGAGCAGAACCCCCCGCCUCUGAAGCCCCUGAGCUCCGGCGGCUUGACCGCAAAAGACUUCAGCUUGGUCCGCCAAAUUGGGUGUGGGGAUAUCGGCAGGGUGUACCUCUGCCGCCCCCGCGGCGGCGGGGAAGAGCAGGUUUACGCCAUGAAGGUGGUGGAUAGCCAGGUGUUGGCUCUGAAGAAGAAGAUUGAGAGGGCGGAGACGGAGAGGAAGAUUUUAAGGAUGUUGGACCACCCUUUCCUGCCCCAUCUCUACGCUGAAUUUCAGGCCUCGAAUUUCUCCUGUGUGGUCAUGGAGUACUGUUCCGGCGGCGAUUUGCACUCUCUCCGCCACAAACAGCCCCAUCACCGGUUCUCUCUCGCCUCUGCCAGGUUUUAUGCAGCUGAGGUUUUGGUGGCGCUAGAAUAUCUCCACAUGUUGGGAAUCAUAUACAGAGACCUUAAGCCGGAGAAUGUUUUGGUCCGGUCAGACGGCCACAUUAUGUUGACCGACUUUGACCUGUCUCUCUGCUCUGACACGGUGGCCGCCGUCGAGUCGCCGGAGUUUUCAGUUGCCUCUCCGGCUCCUCGUAUACCCUCUCCGUUUUCUUGCAUUUCCGGCAGGUUUUUCCGGUCGAAGAAGGUUCAGACGGUCUCCAACGGCCUGCUUUUCGUGGCGGAGCCGGUCGCCGCCCGGUCGUGCUCCUUCGUCGGGACCCACGAGUACGUGGCGCCUGAGGUGGCGUCCGGCGUGUCCCACGGGAAUGCCGUUGACUGGUGGGCCCUCGGGAUAUUCAUCUACGAGAUGAUCUACGGACGGACACCGUUCGCCGGCGCGUCGAACGAGAGUACGCUGCGGAGCAUCGUGAAAAAACCCUUGGCUUUCCCCAACGAAUCGCCGUCGAGCGUGAGUGAAGUGCACGCGCGGGAUCUGAUAUCGGGGCUGUUGAACAAGGAUCCGAAGAAGCGGCUCGGGUCGAAGCGCGGGGCGGCGGAGGUCAAGACCCACCCGUUUUUCAAGGGGUUGAAUUUCGCGCUUAUAAGAUCGGUGGCGCCGCCGUCUGGGCCGCGAUUUAGGCGGAGCAAAACGAUGUCGUCAGUCCGGGGAAGUAAGCAACAACCGCCGCCGUUUGAUUUAUUCUAAAGGCAUUGUAUAACUUUUUUAUGCUUAGAUUAGUUUCAAAAACAAAAUUAUGUAAAUAUAAAGGAAAUGAGACCGGUUUUAGACAAGGUUAUUUUACACUCCGUAUUUUAUUUAAUCGGGAUUUUUCAAAAGUCGUUAUUUAUUUCAACGUUAUUUUGAAAGUAA